AUGGAUCGCGCGUCCAAGGCAUUGGGAGCCACUCAUCAAACCAGUAACGACGAGAAGAAGCGCAAAGAAAGAUCACAGAGCAUAAGCAAACGCACGGAUAAGAAAAAGGAACCAUGUAAAACCCAUCGGAUCGAAAAGGUUGAAUCCAGCGUAGAUCUGCACGCUAAACAUUUCUUUUGGACUGAUUCGACUAUAGUCUACCACUGGCUUUCUUCAAGCCCGUCCCGGUGGAAAACUUUCGUUACUAAUCGGGUGUCAGAGAUCCAACAAAUCACUGCAAACGGAAUAUGGGCGCACGUACCCGGGUUAGAGAACCCAGCGGAUGUAAUCUCUCGCGGAAUGCCUCCGAAUGAUUUGAAGGAUUUCGCUCCAUGGUGGAAUGGUCCAGAUUGGCUUCGCCAACCAUCUCGGUUUUGGCCAUCGCUUACUUGUCGAAUGGAUGAAAACUUUCCAUCGGAUCAACUAGAAGAACGUAGCGUUGUACUACCAGCUCUAGUGCGGCAAACGAACGAAUUGUUCUCGCUUUAUUCGUCGUUCACUAAAUUAACAAGGAUCGUAGCUUUAAUCCUUAGAUUUCGGUUUAACUCUAACCCGGUGAACCGUACUGAGCGACGCACGGGAUUCUUAACAACAGAAGAACUAGCUGGAAGUACGGAACAACUAGUUAAGAUCGCUCAGGAAGAGCGAUUUUCUCAAGAUAUCGCCGAUGUAAUUCGCGAUGGACAGGUAAAAAAGAAUUCAAGAUUGAAAACGCUUGCUCCACGGUUCGCUAAUGGGAUAUUGCGUGUUGGUGGCCGGCUGAAGAAUGCAACGGUCCCGUUCAAUCAACGACAUCCCAUGAUACUACCGGACAAACAUCCGCUAACUGAGCGAAUUCUGAACUUCUAUCAUCUCAACAACCUUCACGCUGGACCUCAACUGAUUACUGCAGCUGUGCGGGAACGAUUCUGGCCGCUUCGUCUCCGUGACCUAGCACGACAAGUGGUGCACUCGUGUAUAAGAUGUUUCCGCUGCAAACCCGAAGUUAUGGAACAGCUGAUGGGAGAAUUGCCGUCAGAACGUGUCACCCCAACGCUGCCCUUCUUCCGUUCUGGUGUCGACUACUGUUGGCCCUUCUACUGCCGCUCAAUUAGGAAAGGAGCACCAAUCAAGUGUUAUGUCGCCAUCUUUGUCUGUAUGGUUACAAAAGCAGUUCACGUCGAAUGUGUUGCAGAUUUGUCCACCAGUUCAUUUAUCGCUGCACUGAGACGUUUCGUGGGUCGAAGGGGAAAACCACAACUAAUCGAGUGCGAUAACGCACUGAACUUUAGAGGAGCUAAACGAGAGCUAGAUGAACUUGUUCGUCUUUUUGGAUCCCAACAUCAUCAGCAUCUCGUAAUUAGUAGUUGCGCUGAAGACGGCAUUGCCUUCAAGUUCAUACCGCCAAGAUCUCCUAACUUUGGCGAGCUCUGGGAGGCGGCUGUUAAGUCGCUUAAGAAGCAUCUUCGAAGUACUUUGGGCAACAUUGUGCUAACACAGGACGAAUUUCUAACCCUGCUCAUUCAAGCUGAAGCCUGUCUCAACUCCCGCCCUCUUACACAGAUGACUUCAGACCCCAAUGAUCUGGAGGUGCUCACUCCGGGGCAUUUCCUGGUCCAUCGUUCACUCAUCGCGGUGCCGGAGCCAAGCUUGGCUGAAGUACCAAUCAACCGGCUAGAUAGGUAUCAGCAGACUCAGGAAUACCUCCGUCGAUUCUGGAAGCAGUGA